AGAAAACAUCACCAGCUUCAACAGUGAAUGUACAAUGCGUGGUGGGGAUUUAAAUCUGACGAAGACCAACAUUCUCUGGAGAUCAGACAAGGCAUUCGGCUGCUUCUAGCUGGGAUCAACCAACACCGUCUAAAAAGGGAUAAAAUAAUAAAUCCAUAUUUGGAACGUUUUUAACUGACGGUGACGCGCAACACAGACCAAGAGAAGGUGCACGAACGAACUUAUUCACGAACGACCGUAGAGAGGACGGCUCGAACACCCGCUGCUUCCAGUUUUACCUACGCCCCAAUCCGAGCGGUUCAUGCGAAGGAAGGGACUCCAGAACAGGCCGAUUACGAAGAUAGCAAGGCGAGGGAAAUAGGCUACGGCAAACCUCCAUCUCGCCCAGAUACCUCCAUUACGUCCACCUACCACCGCUCCCUUCAGCCAUGGACCCCCCGAGGACUCGGUCGCGGUCACGGUCAGGUUUUUUUCACUAUGGCAUGAACGGUGGUGGCAACAGCAAUAACGCAAUCAACAACGGGAACAUGAAUGCCAGCGGAGGGAUCGGGGUGAACUACCCGCAACAGAACAACACCGGCUGGGCUCCGCACACAGUGCGCAGCUAUACAGAGAACCAGCACACCCAGGGGAACUACCUGUCUAGCGGGGCGCAACGCCACGCUUCGCAUGGAGCACACAGACACCCCGGCACUGGUGUCCUUCACUUCCACCCUGAUAACGUCUGCAGUGAUGAGCGGGACAAGAUGGAGGACAGUCCUAGCCCUAAGCGACAGCGUCUUUCCCAGCAGUCUAUGUUAGAUCUAAGCUCUGCCCCUCCCCCCGCCCCAUCUUCUCCCAUUCGUCCCUGGGAGCUACCCCACACCCCCACUACCUGGGCCCCACCCCCACCCAGUCGCAGACCACACCCACACUACCUGCCAGAGCGAUGCCACACUCCUGUCCGCAACCGCCGCAGUCCUCCAAUGAGACGCCAGCGAGGCCGCCGUGACCGUCUCCCCCACCACCAACCCCCCCACCCUCAUCACCACCACUACCACCACCAUUACCACAACCCGCACCAUCACCCCCACCACAGCCUCUCAGCAGGACUUCAGGAUGAGAACUACCGCCACCCCGUCCCCCCUCAGAGUUACCCCUAUAACCAGCCUGAGGAGCGCCCCUACCACCCCCCCAACCUGUCCCCUCGCCCCCUCCACCACCCUGCUAACCUGUCCCCCAGGCUGAUGCACCCUCACCCCCCUCAGCAGCAGAGCAGUAUGGUGCUGGACCUCCAUGACCAGGUGUCGUACCCAGUCUCUCCCCCUGGCGGCCCCCCCGGCCUGCCCUCCCACUCGGCCCCCCAGCAGCUCCCAGCAUGCUCGGUGGUCUUUAGUGGGCAGCACUACCCUGUCUGCAGUGUCCCUCCAUCUGUUCUGCAGACGUGCUCUGUGCAACAUCUGCCCAUGCCCUACCCGUUCCCCUCUCUGCUGUCCAGUGACCCCACCUUUCUCCUGCCCCCUCAACACCUGUCCCACCAUCCCCCUCACAUCCCCCAGCCCGGACAGUUUGGAUCCUACCCCACACAGCAGGCCAGAUCGCCGUUACAGAGGAUAGAGAAUGACGUGGAGCUGUUGGGGGAGCACUUGUCGUUAGGGGCGGGUCUACACUACCCCCCUGCGGCCCACCCCGGCCUGCCCCCCCACUCCACUCAGCUCCAUUUCCUCUCCCAUGAGCCUCUUCCACAGGAGUUCUUUGGAGUGUCGUAUCCUAACUUCAUGCCACGGCGAAUCCCAGGACGACGCUACCGCUCGCAGCAGCCACUGCCACCCUCGCCUUACCACCCCAGUUUCCUGCCUUACUUCCUCUCUAUGCUGCCAGUCCAACCUACAGGCCCUGCCAUCAGCCUGGAGCUAGACGUAGAUGACGGAGAGGUGGAGAACUACGAGGCUCUUCUCAACCUGGCCGAGCGUCUGGGAGAGGCCAAACUCCGAGGACUGACUAAGGGAGACAUCGAGCAGCUGCCUUCCUAUAGGUUCAACCACAACAACCACCAAUCAGAACAGACGCUGUGUGUGGUGUGUAUGAGUGACUUUGAGUCUCGUCAACUGCUGCGAGUUCUACCCUGCAGUCAUGAGUUUCACGGGAAGUGUGUCGACAAGUGGCUCAGGGCUAACAGGACGUGUCCCAUCUGUAGGGCUGAUGCCUCUGAGGUCCAGCGAGACUCAGAGUGACCACCAGGGGGAGUCAACCACUGACUGUCAGACAGUUUUCGCACUGCCCCCCCCAUCUCUUUUCCUCCUCCUGUAACUCUGCUCUCAUCUCUCAUUUUACUGCCCCUCCACCUUCAAUCUCUUUUUGAAGUGUUUCCUCCUCCUGUAACUCUGCCCUUCAUUUCUCCUUUAGCUCUCUUGCCCUUCUGUUCUCUUCAUCCUCACACGCCAUUCCCUCUGGUCUGGCACACCCCCCUUGUGUUUCUCUAGCUCUGGAUGUCCCUCAGCUGAACCCGCUGGAGGGUGGCUGGGUGUGUGCGCGCACAAGCUAAUGUCCAUCCGUAUGAUUCCUGUCCUUGGUAUGUGCCAGCGUUUGGUUUGUGUGUAUGAGAGACUGUAUUUUUAGUUAGUCUCUGAUCAUGUAUUUGUGUGUUUAGACUUGGGUAUCCACAUGUAUUUGACACUUAAGGGCCCAUGCCACUCCGCUGCCUCUCUGUAGCCUGAGCUAGUUGCUUUUUGUUUAGUUUCUCUGCCUGGCAGUUUACCUCAUCAUUCCUGUUGGUCAUUGUUACCACGACGACACGCUUCACUGUAUUCCUCUGAAGUUUCUCAUAAUUUUUCUUUAUUUUUGUUCCUUAAAAGAUGAUUAGUUUCUCUGACUUUGCAGUGGCACAUGUGUUAUAUACUGUAUAAAUAUAUGAAUAUCUGUAUACCAAAUAAAAGGCUUGAUAUGAACUUUAAAAAAAAAAAUCACAUUUUUGGACCGUUUUUUAAAAAUGAAUUAUGAGAUGUGAUGCAGUUGGGUUUGAUUGUGCUGGAUUGAUUAGUCUGUUCUGGAUGUUAGACUUUACGUGGUGGUUAAUUAAUAAAAUACAUGAUACACACUGA